UUGAGGGGAAUUGAUUUCAUCCUGCGUAGGUAUCCACUCUUGGGUCAGGCCUGAGCAAAGGUUAAAGCUUUUUCUCUAUCGAGCGACCGCAAUCGCAGGAGCAAGAGAGAGUUAAAUGGGGGAUCCCUAUUACAGAUACGGUGCUCCUGCAGAUGGAGCAGGGAGCAUCCCAAGAUCUGGUUUUCCUGACUACUUGCCGCCUGAACCCACACGAUUAGCACCACAUCAUCUGUGGAGUUCUCGUGACUUACGGGGUAAUUCCCAAGAUUAUGCACAAAAAGAGAUAUUACCUUUGCGGCCUGGGGCAUAUGGAGUAGAUGAUACUAAGGGUAUUGGUGUUCAUCCUGAGCCUGGUUUUGGUGGAUUAACAGCAGGAGCAAGCAUUAAAGGCUACCAAAGUCCUUUACAAGAUCCACAUUUACUUGCCCAAAGACGAGAUGUUGCUGCAGGCAUUGUUUCAGGCACCCGUGAUUUAAUUAAUGAAAGGCAUGGUUCCUUACCCAAAGUUGAUGGCCUUCCACAUGCAGCAAGGGAUUCAAACAUUCUGUUUGUUGAUGGGCUUCCAACAGACUGUUCAAGGAGAGAAGUUGGUCAUCUUUUUCGUCCAUUCAUCGGCUUUAAAGAUAUCAGAGUUGUUCAUAAAGAGCCCAGACGUAGUGGAGAUAAGGCUUUGGUUUUAUGCUUCGUGGAAUUUGCUGAUGCCAAAUGUGCUCUUACUGCCAUGGAAGCUCUUCAAGGUUACAAGUUUGAUGAUAGAAAACCGGACUCCCCUAUUCUAAGGAUCCACUUUGCACACUUUCCUUUCCAUCUGCCAUCUGAUCGGCAGUGAUCUUGUCAUGGCUCGUAGCUGGGCUCACGGUUAACCUGAGAGGCCAUGAAGUCUGACGCAAGUGACAAACAUCUUCACUUUGUUGAGCUGCUGGAGUUAUUUGCAGAAGUCCUUUAUGGCUCAUGCUUAUUCGCAGGAGCGAUUAGCAUGUUCAUUGGCUUGAAUGUGACAUUGUAGUUGACAGUUGUUCACCAGGUUUUAGGAAUGGAUUGCUGUGAAUUUUGGAACUUUAUAGCAGGUUUAGAUCCUUUUUAUCAAGUGCUUUGAAACAUUUACCAAUUUGGAUGCCCCAGAAUGAUAUUCCAAAGUCGUGGUAUGUAAUUUUUUGGUUUUGAAAAUGGUAUAGAAAUCCAUUCCAUGGUUAUGUGACAAUAGCUUUCUUUUUAGGCAUGAUAUUUGUUGGGUUGUCUUGUAGUGUCAGAUCAAUGUUAAUUAGCAUACAUCAUUGUAUAUAAGAUUUUUGUUG